AUGGAGCCCCAACGUCAAAGUCACCCCAACUGGAACACUAGGGGCAGGCGUGCUACCAUCUUUCCCCAGAGAGAAGGAGUUAAGACUUUGUUACCCUCUCCACUCCCUGCUCAGCACGAAGAGACUUUUUAUGAGACACCCAGAUACAGGACUUUCCUGAGCAGGAAAAGGGCCUUGUGUGACUUCAGGGUGAGAUGGCCCGAGCUAGUCUACAGGGAUCAGGAGGCGCAGGCAGAGCUCCCUUCCCUCGACAGAAAGCCUGUAGACACAAGCUCCUGCUCCUCAGGAGUUAGCAUCAGCCUCAAAAAUCAGGAGAGCAGCCACAGUGAGUUCCAGGAUCCCCAAGAACUCACUGGCUGCCUUUCUGAGGCUCCCCACGUGACCAUUCUCAACAGCUAUCUGAAACCAGAGUCCAUGACGCGGCUGGAGAAGAAGGUGAGGAGGAGGACCCUGGUGGUCAUGAACCAGCUGGAGCAGGAGAAGGAAGCGGCUAAGUUCCGGAGGGCAGUGCUGCUGAGGGACACGAGGACUCUCCAGGAUGAAAAUGCUUUCGAGAAAGCAGAGAAUAAGCCCUUCUUGGAAUUCCUGACGAAGAAAAACCAGGAAACCCAGGAGAAGUAUGACGCCUUGUGGAAAGACUACAUCCAGCAGUGUCAGGAGAUCGAGGACAGGAGGCGAGAGCUGGUCUCUACCUUCACCUCGCGCACGACAGAUCUCCAGAAGAAGCUGGUGGAGAACAAGAAGCUCGAGGCCAGCUUGAAGAAGAAGCUGAGGGCCCUGGAACCCAUCGCACGCAUCAAGGAGAGCCAGGACUGGCAGAUACGAGCCUUGGAGUUGGAGAAAGCCAGCAUAGUCGCUGAUAUCCCCCUCAUGGACCGAGAGGCACACUUUCAGUUCCUGAAGGAAAGGGCUGCCUUGGAGAAGCAGGUGGAGGAUCUGAACCUGCUGGAGUCUGGAGAGGACAUCACCAGGGAGCUGAAGAAGAAGACCAAGGCCUGGGAGACUGUGGCCAGACAGGCUCACGAGGACUUCUGCCAUGACGUCAAUGCUCGGAACAGGCAGCUGCGAACACAGCUCCGGGAGCUGGAUUGGGAAUUCUGCAAGCUCGAGGCCAGGAGGGAGAGGCUGGAGCUGCGAAAGCAGCGGUGGAAAGAGCAGCAGUGGUACCUGGAGGCUCUGGCCCGGGGAAGGGAGCGCCUGCAGCAGCGGGAGCACCGUCGGCAGCAGCGGGAGCACCACCGGCAGCAGCAGGAGCACCACCAGCAGCAGCAGGGGCGCCCAGCACUGGACCAUUGUCUACUGGGUACCAGGUCGAAAGCCAAUCCUAAGUAA